GCCGGUCAGAGGCAGAGGCAGACCCCGAAGCGCAAGCCCAGAGGUUCCAUUUCCACGUGCACCUUCCCCCGGCAGGCGGCAGGUAGCUGCACGACCCAACCACCCCGCGGGCCGCGGCAAACCUUGCCGGUCGCGCGCGCCAUGGACGACGACGCCACGCUGCGGCGGCCGGCGGAGAAGGGCUCCGUCGCCAAGGCGGGCGAGCUGGACCCGCCGCUGCAAGCCAUCGGCUUCGAGGUCGAGGAGCUCUCCCCGUCCCGGAUCACCGGCCGCCUCCUCGUCACGCCCACCUGCUGCCAGCCCUUCAAGGUGCUGCACGGCGGCGUGUCGGCGCUGCUGGCGGAGUCGCUGGCGAGCAUGGGCGCGCACAUGGCCUCGGGCUACCGCCGCGUCGCCGGGGUGCAGCUCAGCAUCAACCACUUCCGCAGCGCCGCCCUCGGCGACACCGUCCUCGCGCGGGCCGUCCCCGUCCACCUCGGCCGCUCCACCCAGGUGUGGGAGGUAAAGCUCUGGAAAAUGGAUCCAUCGACAGGAGAGAAGGGCCCUCAGAUCGCUGAAUCCAGAGUCACUCUGCUGUGCAACCUGCCGUUGCCGGAGGAACACAAGAACGCAGGAGAUGCUCUGAGGAAAUACUCAAAACUGUAAAAAGGAAAAAAGAAAAGUUCAAACGGAUAGCUGUGUUGCAGUUUGACGGAUCUGAUGUUGGAAGCAUUGGUCAAUGGAUAUAGCAUUACCUUUCUUUUUUUAAUCUCUACUAGUAUGGUGCACGUGCGGCAUGCACGUGUUUAAAAAAAUAAUGUUGUAAAGAAAAAAUAACCACACUAAAUUUUAAUUACAACAAGGUCAAACUUUAUA